AACCGAUUCUCAGUUGCGCUCGAAUCGGAACAGUAUUUCGUAUCAGCUGACAACCAAAGCAAAACAGUCGGUGCGCGACCAUCUUGUCAAAACUGGAGUCAGGAACAACAAAUAAAUUCUUUAAAAUGUCCUAAAACAAGAGUAAUGACUUAACAGUAGUCGUUAAACGGUUAAAGUACAGAGUUUCGUUUAUUCGUGUGCUAUUUUCGAUACGGUUAUUAUACACUUUGCUCAAUAUUUGGGGUUUUGUGUUGCGACAAGUGACGUCAUGUACGAGUUACACGUAUCGCCAGCGAUUUCAUAGUGACAGUAUGCAUGAGCAGGACGGCGAUACAGAGCCGGCGCACCACGCGCGUCGGCCCAUGAACGCCUUCCUCAUAUUCUGCAAACGGCACCGUAGCGUCGUCCGCGACAAGUACCCCAAUCUCGAGAACAGAUCUAUCACAAAAAUCUUGGGCGAGUGGUGGGCGAACUUGGAUAAAGAAGAAAAGGCUGGUUACACCGGUCUUGCCAAACAGUAUAAAGACGCCUUCUUCAGCGCCAAUCCUGACUUCAAAUGGUACAAGUUGCCCGCCCCCCCGCUCCGCACGCUGUCCGCUCGGCCUCGAGAGAGCGAGAAGCACACAGAAGUGGAGGACCACGAAGAGAGGACCAACAACAACUCCACCAGAGUAGACCUCAACAUCCGCUCCGAUGACGACAGCAACGAGCCCCAACCGAGAUCGCUCUCCAUGUUUACCCCCGGCAAACUCGCCGAUGAAGCCCAAAUGGGCGGAAUCAGCAGCCUCCUAGCUACCGACGCGAACUACCACCCACGAUCGAUAUACAGAUCCCCCGACCGACCCAAGAACGAUACCAUCCGGGAGCUCCAAAACGCCCUGUCCGAAACCAGUAAGCUGUUCGAGGAGGAUUUCGAGGGACCGUACCGCUACAACGUACCUGGUGAGCUCACCAAUCAGGAUGUGAUAGACCAGAUAGUGGAUAAACGCUACUCCGCCGAGGAGCUGUCUGAUGAUGAGAGGAAGUCCGGCCGCUCCUGCAAGGGCAAGAGAUACCAGGAGUUCAUGGCUGUGGGCCUGCUCGUGAAACGGCGGAGGGAUGAUCCCGAAGAUGACUAUGCCGCCUGCAGCUGGGAGCCUAGUAGCUCGCAGCCCCUGCCCAAGUACGAGUCAGACUCGACAGCCGCCGAACCGGACAGCAACCCGACCAAAACCUUCAAAGCGGCCGACUUCGAUCUCGACGCGAAGAUACGAGCACUUCCCUCCCUCAGCCUCGAGAAGUUCCAGCAGAGGAAGCGUGAGAACAAACGCAAGAAGAAGUCGCUGACCUUGAAACCGAAAUACCCUCAGAUCGUCAACUCCGUCCCGCGGAGUGUGGCCGACGAGCGGCAGGACCCCUGGCGGGAGACGGUCAGCGGCAGUCAGAAACGGAAACCCCGGAAGAAGAGCAUCACGCGCCUCGAGAUCAACAGCCUGAUAACGCGCGUGGAGAACGGAGGGAACAAGAUUAGUCCUGAGAUUAAGUUAGCCACGGAAGCCACGGAAGACCUGUUCGCUCUGGCUACCCUCGCCGAAGUAGCCGCUAACACGUCCAAGCUCGACAGCACUGGAGCUUCCCAGGUAUGAGAUACUAGCCUUAAACGAUAUUCCAAAUAUAUUUAAAUCGGAUAUUUAUAUAGAUCUACUUUUACAUGUACACUUUUGAUCGUAGGUUUUGUAACAUAGAUAUAGAGUUUAUUUAUACUAUAGAGAUAUAUGUAUACUUAGGUCGACGUAGUGCGUAUAUUGCUCGUUAGAUAUAUGGUGAUAGAUAGGGUGUAUGGCAUAAUGUAAUCGAGUACGGUAUACGCGGGGGCGGAGGCGCGGGGAAGUCAAUUAGUGAACUACUGAAGUUUACGUGGCGUUCUGUGGCCGCCCGACAUCACAAUUUAUUUGAAUGCCAAAUAUAAGUCAUGUAAUGUUAUAAUGAUUUUAUAACCUCAUUAAAAUAGUUAGGUUUAUUGAAUCGCCUUAUUUAGAGUUUUAAAUCAAACGUAAGACACCACAUACAUAGACUGUUAUGCAUUUUUAAAGUUUUUUUUUUUGUUUUUUGUAUACAGUGUAUUGCAUAUUUUUAUAUAUUCUGUGACUGAAGUCACUGUUCUGUUUAAGUCCGGCCGCACAUUGUCCGAAAUUUCUGAUCAGAAACAGUUGAACGU